UUUGCAGAAUGGUUCCAAUCUAUACAGCAAACAUAACUCUCCUUGGAACAGGUAUCUUAUCUAAAACCAAACAACUGACAUUGGCAAAGAAAGAUGAUGGGAUAGCAUUCCCUAAUGAUAGAGCAACCAGCAUCAGACCUGCUAAUAGAGAUCAGAAAGUCAAGACACUUUUCACUGGAAUUGAAAGAUAUUCMUAUGUGGAUCCAGACUAUGCUUACACUGAUGAAGAAGAAAGACAUAGAGAACAACAUAAAAGAUAUUAUCUUAAUUUCAUUGAUGAUUUAAGAUUAAAGAGGAAAAAAGAACAAAAGAAAAGGGAGUUUGAAGCACUGAACAAUAAUGUUGACAUAGGCAUCAAAUCAGCCAAAGGGCUCAMACCACCAAAGCUCUCUGUGAAAGCAAUCACACCACCGCCUAAAGGUUAUUAAGUAAUCUUUGUAURCCACUUUUGUUAAAAAUAUAAGUUCAAGGGGGACUAUAUGUUGCAAAAAUCACUAAACAUUUGAAAUAAUUACAUCCAAGUGUGGCAG